CUUACUUACUCCUUCCUUUCAUUGCAUUGUUCUUCUUCACGUUCUCACGACGACGACGCGUUAUAAUCCCAGCGAGCGCACGCUGUACGGCGAUCAGUCACGACGAUAGCGCUUAUCAAGGCCGUCGGUCCACUACAAACCUAGUUAUUAGUAUCUCGCUCCUCCUCUCCUCGCUCACUCGUCGCGGCCCCCCGCGCCCCUGCAAUGUUUCUUGACCGCCUCAAGACGGGCCUGGCGCGCAAGCACAGCGGCGAUGUGUCCCCUGGCGCGCCAUCUCCGUCCCACUCCCCGAGCCCGCUCUCGCCUGUCGACAGCACACACCGCAAGAAGGCGCCCACGCCGUCGCGCAGCAGUUCGAAAGACGCCCACCGCUCCGUCCUCGACCUCAGCCCGCGCGACUACGACCCCGCGACGCUGCUGCCGGCGAGUAUACAGGUCGGGGGGUACGCUGUCCGCCCGCUCGUCAGCAUAGCGCAGGUCCGCGACCACCUCGCGCUCUUCGGCGCCUUCUUCGCCCUCGCUUCCUCUGCCGGGCCCGAGUUCCACCGCGUAGCGGACCACGCGGCGUUCGAGUACGAACGCUGGGCGUCGACUAUCCUGCCCGGGCGCGUCGUGGCGAGCGCGAGCAGCCAGAGCACAGGCAGCAGCAGCGGCAGCGGCAGCUCGUCGACGCCCGCGGGGUCCCCCGCGUCGCCCUCGUCCCCGCUGACGGCCGCCGAGCUGCCCCCGCUCGACGUGCUCAUGUGCUGGCACGCGCACCUGCUCAACCCUGCCCAGUACGCGCGCGACCUCGAGGGCACAUAUGCGGCCUUGCACGACGUGCCAUUCCCCCUUGCCGAGGCAGCAGCGGCGGUACGUGACCACACGCUGCCUGCACAGCUCGACCAGCGGUGGGGCGGCAACGAGCUCCGCACGAUGCACUCCAUCUCCGGGUGGACGCCGCCGGAUAUCUCGGCCGCCGUCCAGCGCCAGGCGAGGAUCGUCGCUACGGCCCAGGAGCAGGGGUGGUUCGACCCCCGGUUCAGUGCCAGCGCCGAAGGGAUGGCCGUGUUCCAGCGCUGCAUUGUACGGUAUCACGCCUGGCUCGACCUCAUGGCCGCAGUCGACGGCCACCCCUUCCUCCCACCGACGCUCGACAUUGAGAUCGCAUGGCGCACGCACCAGCUCCGCGGGCAGCGGUAUCGCACCGAGACUGCGCGCCUCAUCGGCGCUCCCUUGGACCGCGAGCGCUUCGACGACGCAGGGCUGCGGCGCGCCGAAAAGCUGUGGAAGACACGGUUCCGGCACGACUACCUCGGACCCGGGAGCCAGCCGCGCGGCGGCACGCCUCUUGGGGGUGGAGCCCGCGGAGGCGUGCGGGCUCCAUCACGAAGCCAGACGUUGUGAGGCGAGUUGGAGCGAGCGAGCAAGCGAGUCAGCGCGCGUGCGUGCGUGCGCCGAGCACCACCGCUGCCGCUACCGCCACAGUUGUUUGUACCUGUUGUACUAUCAUGCAUAUGCCACUGCCACCAUCAUUGGGCCUUUGGGCCGGCUCACUCCGUCGGGAGUGCGGGACGGCGGCGGCGCCACUGACGCUGUGGUGGGGCUGGGCGUGGACGGUGGUGUG